AAGUGGUAUCUCCUGCACCGACCGGAGCGACCCGGAGAAGACGACCGUCGCGAAACCCGAAGCGCGACUUCUGCUCGCCGGCGAUGGCGGAAGCUCUCAUCGAGCUCGAGCAAGUCCUCAGGACCAAAAAGGUGACGAUGACUCUCGAGGAGGCCAAUCUUCUGUCGGCGUGCAAGUCGAAAGCUUUGGACAAUUUCGGGUACGGCAUCGGGCUCACCUCCGUCAUCGUAUGGGCAGCUACAGGGAGGUUAAAUCAUUUGCUACGGGUUAGCCUGUCAGUAGGAUCCGGUUUUGCCUGUGGUUUGUGGAGAUUGUCUAAGUCAUUAGAUUCUUGUGCUGACCAUAUUCUUGCACUACAUGGCAGUCGGAUGCAAGAGGAAUUAGCAAAUAUAAUAGUGAGGAGAUAUCAUCAUGAUCAAGGCAAAAUGCAGCUUCUGGCAAGGCAUUUCUAUUCUGAGCAAGUAUUUGAUGAUUCCACUUCAGAUCAACCAAGGUUGAGGUGGCGUUACCGGAAUAGUUAUAGCGAUGUUGUCGCUUAUGGCCGGUUGACCCAUGAAACUGACAUUCACAGUGGGAGGAGUCAACAGUUGCAUGACAAUGACUUCAACAGAAAUACGGGGAACAAUUCCUAUGGCAGUCCCCAGAACGACUCCAAAACCAACUUGGCUGACUUUGCGAGCGACGCUGACAUCAAUAGAGCAGACUCAGAGUUGAAACGCAAUUCUGUGAGUAAAGCGACUGACGUUUUUCUUUGGGUGAGCUCUGGCGUUGACGUGAUUGGCGACCCUCUUGAUUGUAUUUUUGGAGGUGUGAUGACAAAAGAGGAGAUUCGUCGUCCAGCUACCUCAAGUGGAACGAAUAAAGUUCCCCUGCAAACCCACAGAAGAUCAAGGCGUAGACGCCGGAUGCAAAAGCCGGAGGUUUCUCUUGAUACUUAGCCUGAUGCAUCUUUGUGCUGUUUGUAGUCUAGGAGAGAUUUAAGCCUGUAGAGGCUUUUAAGCUUUGGAAGUUUGUAGAUGAGCACAUGACCUUCGGCAUGUGGAAGGACUUAAUAAUUCGUUCAUGGGUCAAUUUUUAUUCACCUGGAGUUGCUCUUAUUUUUCAGAUUGCUGGGCUAUAACAGCAACUGGUGGUAGCUUUCCCUUCUCAA